AUGUCCCCUUUCCUCGUUGUCGUCGUUACCGUCCUUCUGUCGCUUGCCGUGAAUGUUAAGGCCGUGGAUGGCGACAUUGAAUGCGGUANCGCGAUGGCAUGUUUCCCGUGGGCGGGGGAACAAGAGGGGUCGCCGUGCAUUCGCGGCCAACGAAUGAACCUUCGCUUUAUGCUGGACGUUGCGCAGGAGAACCUUGACAUGGAAGGUGGUGCGAAUACGACCGUAGUGUACGGAUUCUGCCCUAUUGUCGACCGCCUCGAGACCUUUUCGCUGGCGUAUGCACCUGAAUUGGUGAGUGUCUACGACAAAGACGGCGUACAGACUCUUACGCGUUCGAUUGGUAGAAAAUAUCUUUCUGUGUAUGGGUUUGGUAUGUCGAAUAGUACUUUUUUUCCUCAGAAAGGCGUCUCCGCGGGUGCAGUACUUAUCGCAAUGAAUGGAAGUACAUUAUGUGGCUCCUACCGUUCAGUGGCGCUGGUACAUACCUUGACACUGGACAUCGGCUUCUACAAGGGAAUGUUUAACUACAUUGGGGCCACGGAACGCUCCCAAUCGCCUGUAAAGAGUGACGACUCAACCAAGAACGGUGCAUCCGGCAGUCUUGAGAACUCUCUUUUCGAGGCAGAUGAAGUCGUGGUGCAGCCUGCAAUGGUUGGAUUCCGUCCAACCUGCGACGCCAAUGAUGUGUGUCUCUUUGAUCCAAAUAGUGUUUGCGUGGGGUCGAUUGUGGGAAAGAAGAACUGCGCGACUUGUUACAGAUCUCCCACAGAGAUACACAAUGCCCGUCUUAGUGUGUGGACGUCGUACUACGGGACGGACUUUAAGGGUCGUCCGAUGCGGAGCAGUGGUUUGAACCCCUUGAAUUACCAGCAGUUCGCAGGAAAUGGGCUGUUCAAUGAUAUAUCACGUACCCUUGACUCUUUAAGAGAAGGAAAUCUCGAUGCCCUCGGGUAG